AUGCUGAGCCGGGCAUUUAGAGGGGGGCGGGAGAAGAGCGCGGCGGCGGUGGCUAGCGUUCCCCCGCAGCAGCAGAGGGGCAGGACCCUGGGGGAGAUGAUGAGGGAGAAGGACGACGAGCUCGCCUUGUUCCUCGAGAUGCGCAAGCGGGACAAGGAACGGCAGAACACCCUCCUCCUCAGCAACAAUGCCGCCCAAGACCUAGUAGAUCCUCCUCCUCUUCCUCCUCCAGGUAAUCCCCCCCACCGCCGAGAGGCAUCACCCCUCACCAGACCACCGCCAUUACCACUAUAACGGAGUAUUUGCUCGCGAGAGAGAUGCCCUAUCUUCCUUGGCGAAGAAAGAUGAUGCACUCCGUUCUUCCCAAUUUCUUCCCCCCUUUCAAUCCGUCCAACCAAGGGGCCGUGCCGAUGCUUCCUUCUGAAAUUUUCGUCUUCGGCAGGGUCGAAGCUGGGGGGCUCCCCCUUAUUCAAGAUCGCGUCCUCGGCCUCCUUCGGUGGCAGGACCGGCCCCGACGACUUCCUCAAUUCCGACAGCAACAAGAACGACUACGACUGGUAAGACGUUCUGGCGCAUCUCCCUCCUCGGUCUGAUCCCUCGAUUUUUCUUCCGAACAACUAGUUACCAAGUUCGCCCCUCAAUCUGGUAUCUAUCCCGGCAUGCCUCCCCCUCACGAGCAACUUUCUGGGAGGCGGCGGCCUUCUGCCCACAACUUGAUAGCAAAAUGAAAGCUUUAACCUGAAGAUGAUGGUCCUUGCUUUAGGAGCUAACACCUGCUGACGCGCUCUCUCCUGUUCCCAGGCUUCUUACUCCACCGGGAACCCCCCUCUUCCCGUUCCUGGACAAGGAGACCCAGAGAUCGCCCGUCGACCUCGCUGGGGCUUCGAAAAGUCAACCCGCUGCGUUGAAAUCCAGGGUGAGCCAGUCGACAUAUCCACUGCCCACCUUAGCAUUGCUCAUUAAUGCCGGCCCACGAGGAUGGAUGCCUUCUGACUCUGCCCGCUUCAGAUGAGAGUUUUCGUUUUUACCGUUAUCUGUCUGAUUGUCCAUCCCGCACCUUGGUCGGAUGCAGCUAGCCAAUCCUCGAGAACCCUCCUCUGCCAAGGAUAGCUUGGUGUCCAGACAGCAAGCUGCUUCCUCUGGCGGCGGAGAAACUCACAGAACGCCGUUGUCGGGUCCCGGAGGACCGGCGGCGCCGACUGGCCUCCCCGCCUUGCCCGUCACUUCUAAAAGCCUGCGGUCUUCCACGCCAACUUCGAGGGCUUCUUCGGUGCCGUCAAAGCCUGCCACUGCUGCUCCGUCGAGAUCAGCCACCCCUGCUGCUGCCAGAGCCUCCACGCCAACAUCCAGGCCGUCCGUCGUCACACCGAGCAGGGUUUCCUCGAGGUCGGCCACUCCAACCCGGCGGCCGUUCACUCCAUCUGCCGUCACCAGUGCGUCCGCUCCGCCGGCCCGAUCCUCCUCCACGACCAGGGCUGCAUCUGCGACGACCAAGAGUUCGGCACCGUCUCGAGGGACUUCUCCGACUGUGAAAUCUAGAGGAGCGUGGAAACCAUCAGAGAUGCCCGGGUUCUCCGCCUGCGCGCCGCCAAAUCUGAGAACAUCGUUGCCGGAGAGACCUUCCUCAGCGUCUCGGGGAAGACCCGGAGCGCCCACUUCCAGAACAUCUUCUGCCCAGGCCGGCGCAAACAGCAGGGCAACAAGGUUGCAAUCCAGCUCCCCUUCGAGAGGGCGGGCCCCAAAUGGUGUUACUGCUCACGGCAGGACCUCCGCCCCCGCCCCGGCGGUGAACCGCUCACCCUCGACCAGCAGCGACAGCGUCAGCCCCGUUGUCAUUGGCAGCAAAAUGGUCGAACGCGUAGUGAAUCUGAGAAGACUGGCGCCCCCCAAGCAAGACGGUCCCCGAUCUCAUCACCCCAGCGCCAACGGGAGGUCGGCAUCAUCGCCAGAGAGCUCGGGCUUCGGAAGAACGCUCUCGAAGAAAUCGCUUGACAUGGCGAUGAGACACAUGGUGAGUGAAUCUUCUUCCUACGAAAUGACUGUGAGAAUCCCUUUCUUUUCGAUAAUUUUUUGCCUGAAAACUGGGAUUAUUGCACAGGACAUACGGCGGAGUAUUCGGGGUAAUUUGCGACCAUUGAUGACGAGUGUCCCGGCAUCCUCCAUGUACAGUGUGAGGACGGGACCUGCGAGGAGCAGGACCGCGAGUACCGCCGAUUCCCCCCUCGCAACCAGGAGCACCGCCAGCUCCGAGCAGAGUGUGAGCAACAACAUUGCCUUGUGCUUGAACGUGGGCGAAUUAGACUACGACAUCAGCAGCGACAGAGCCCUGUCUUCCCCGGCGGGUAGAUGA